GUAUAAUUUGCGAUACACGUCUUUUUUUGUGUGUUAGCUGGAAUGUACUCGCUAUUGUGUCUCUUGUGCUGUAUUCAUAAUGUGCAUUUCUCGGUUGCUUAUUUUGUGCCGAAGCAACAUUAAUGAGACCUGAUGAAGGCUGCCUGCCUUGCUGGACACAGGUGUAAAUAAAACAUGAAUUUGCGGUGCCUGCACAUCAUAUUUGUGAUCCUAUUUUUGGAGUCAAUUACUGCAGUAAGCGCGUACGACCGUCAACUGUCAUCUGAUGGCUCUAAAAGUGAGAAAGGAGUGCUUGACUCUCAGCAGGUUCCUUCAUCGUCUGCGGACGACACGGAGGAGGGCACCUGCGAAAAAGUGAAUGCCUGUGACGACAAGUUAGGUUAUGAGGCGAUCAAAGCCCUGCAUCACCAGUUGGAUGACGACGACAACGGAAACGUCGAUGUUGCCGAAACUGACGAGUUCCUAAGGGAUGAGUUGCAGUAUGAAAAUGGUUAUGAAAGACAAAAGGGCUUCCAUGGGAAUGACAAGUACAUAUCUGUGGAGGAACUGUGGCAGGCUUGGCAGGUAUCCGAAGUGCACAACUGGACAGUGGAGGAUACGAUAGAGUGGCUGGUGAAUUGUGUGGAGCUUCCGCAAUAUGUGAAGACGUUUGAGGACAACAGUGUGGACGGGUCUACACUUCCUAGAAUGGCUGUGGCCAACAACAACUAUCUGAGCAGUAUCCUUGGCAUCAAGGAUGUCAUCCAUAAGCAAAAACUCACUCUCAAGGCCAUGGAUGUGGUACUCUUCGGACCACCGAAACACCACAAUUACGUGAAGGACGUCCUCCUCGUGAUGUCGCUCGUGAUUGCUACGGGCGGAUGCUGGUUUGCUUAUGUGCAGCACAACUACUCUCAGUCUCACUUAAAGAAGAUGAUGAAGGACAUGGAUAGCCUUCAGAAGGCAGAAGAGGCACUGUCGGACUUACAGAGAGAACUAGACAAGGCCAAAAUGGAGCAAGAAACUGCUGUCAUUCAGAAGCAAAGGCUGGAAGACGAAAUCCUUGCAGCUAGGCAAGAGCGGGAGCUCCUCCUGGCCAACGACCCCGAGCAGACCCGCAGCGUAGUGGAACACCUGCAGGAAGAGGUUCGCCUCUUGCGAGAGCAACUGUCUGUGGCGCAGGCAGCCGUGGCCAGAUACAGUGUGGCUGGAGGUGCCUGGGUGCCUCCUACAUCUCUGCAGCACUGGCUGCAGCUCACCCACGAGCUCGAGCUGCGUCACUACAAUGCCAAGAAGGCUGCUGCUGAGAAACAGCUGCUGGCUGCGAAAGAAGGGUGUGAGAAACUUAGACGGAAGCGCUCCAGUUUCAUGGGGUCCUUUCGAAUAGCUCACGGGAGCUCGAUCGACGACAUCGACAGUCGGAUCUUGCAGGCAAAAGUCCUGUUCCUGUGCAGGGCUGCUCUCUCGGAGGUGACCAAGGACCUGCAAGAGCGUCUUCACCGGUGGAAGCAGAUCGAGCGCCUCUGCGGAUUCCCCAUUGUGCACAAUCCGGGCAUUGGGCACUUGGAAGCAUUGCUGAGAAGCUCUUUCGUCAAUGGAAGUACUGCGAACCUGCACCCCACCUUUGUGUUGGGGAAAAAAAUGACUCGUUCAGAGAGCGAAGGUGCCAUUGCUGACGAUGAUGGACAGCUCUCGUUUGCUGGCGGAGCAAGUGCUGUGCAGCAGCUAGUACACAAUAGUGCUGCUCUGUUUCUGGCCCCUGUCCCUCCAGCUUUUGACAUUACUGACUCUGUGGGUGCUUCUACUAAUGCUGUCUACCCUUUCCGGAUCUUGCCCAUUAACAAUAAUGGCGGCGUAGCCGCCUGUAGCCCACCCCUGGGCUAUUGCAACGUAGGCUCUGUACAGAGUAUGUCUUCGCUGUUCAACAUGCACUGUGCGGAGCGUCCGAGCACACUGCCAGUAUCGUCGCCGAGGGCUAAUGGCUCCUCGACGCAGCGACUAGUGCUUCUCGACGAGACCGAGGAUGAUGACGAUGUGGAAGAAGAGACUCUGGCAGGAAGCGAGGCUCCGAGCGUACGGGGCACCACACCUCCGGAGGGGGUCAUUUUUUCCGUAGGAGACACCAGUCCUUCAGAAAUCGGUAGGCCUCCAAAGGUCCCAUCUCGGACCUCAUCCUGGCUAGGAAAAAGCCUCAGCCAAGACCACUCGUCCUCGGCCGGAGCUUCGUUUCCGACGGAAUUCUCGCUGAGGAAAGUGUCCACCGUAUCGGAACCCAUGCUCCAUAUGGACUCUUCCCCACCGUCUUCCCUCCACUCUAGCAACAGCCCCGUAGCAGAAGGGUCUUUCGAAGCAGCGACACUACCUCGUCCGCCCGUAGACAAGAGGCGAAAGCCACCAAACAUCUUGGUUGCCGCGUUCAAGGGCGUCUCGGGUGGCAUUCUGGACGAGGAGAACUCGACGGAUUCGAAUUCGACGGCGGACGACGACAGCCUACGCGAAAAGAAGAAGAAGGUAUCGCUAUUUCAACCGUUGAAGAAGAAAAAGUCAAAGGUCGCGUGAAACACGACUCGACAAAUUUGAGGACAGUCUUCCGCACUGGACGUUGAGACUACGUGAUUCUCUAUUUGUUGAUGGGGUUAUUUAGGUUGGUGCUUUGCAUUUCGUCAAAAUGGUGAUGAUGAAAUGACUCUGCGGCAGCAUGCUAACCCGAAGAUAUGCAACUUUCAUCCCUUUCCUCUUUGGUCUUCCUUACGAAGUGUCCCUCGAAAUGUUCUUUUGAAGGAGUGUGCUUAAAUGGGUGGCACGGGAUGGUAAUGGAAGAGGGUGUUGUUCUGCUCAUCCAGUAAAGACUGUUCGCCGCCGUCGUUGCUGCAGUGCUGGAGACCUCUUUGUUGUCGAGCAACUGUGUGUCGAGGACUGCUGUUCCAAAGCCAACUUUGUUUUGGAAACAUGUUUGCCGGUGAAGGGGACACCUUUGAAGCCUUCUUUCAGUUUCAGAUUAUUGCUCUUCGUAUUUUCUUCCCAUCCACGUUAUACAAUGCUACUGUGAAUAUGUGAUCUUUCAUGUUUAGUUAUCCGCGGUUAUAUGUAAUAAAUGAGCAAAUUGUAAGUGCUGGAUAAAGAAAAGGCAAUAUUUUUCUACCACAUUUUUUUUUAUAUUCAUUUAUUGCAUUUUGGUAGUGCUGCGUUUGCUUCUCUUUAUCAUUUAGGGCACGAGAAUCAAACCAUGAUGUUUUAUGAGGUUUAAAAAAGGAAUGCAAGAUAACCUUGCAUCUGACGCAAGUUCAAUUCCCAACCUUGUCUGCAUACGGAUUUGUAAAAUUCUCACUGUUUGUCACUUCUGUAUGGGUUUCUACUUCUACGAAGACAGCUUAGCUAUAAAGUAAUUUUUUUCAUUCUUUGCAAUGCUUUGCUUUGAUAGCGACAGCUUGCAUUAACAGAAAAUGAACGCUCGACGUAACUGGACCUGAGUACGGCUUGAUUUAAGAUACAGCUUGGUCGGCGCAAAGUUUUGAUCGCAUUUUCUGUCGUGCUGUUUAUCUACAUACGAGUUUCUACAGUGGUUAAGUUUUGACAUCAUUGAAGAGUUUAUUUUUAGAUGCUGAUUAAUGCCUAAGGAAGUUUGAUAAGCAGGAAUCUGGUAGGCCCUUAUGUACAUUAUACAAGCAUAGCUAAGAUGUUCAAUAAAUACUUGUUCUGGUCGUAUGUAUUGCAUGCUGAGCACUGUGGACACUAUUGGCUAUUGCAAUGGCGAACAUCAGUGAUUUAUGCAUUGCUGCAAAUCAGCCUUAAUGCGGGCCUGCGUUAGCUGUUACUUCAGGGGUCAUAUCAGCUUUACGAGAUUCGCACCAUUUUUUUUUCUUCUUCCUGCUCUUUUAAAGUGCUACCCGUAUGUAUUUAAUGCAUCGUUGCUUCAUUUGCUUUCUUUUACAGCAAGUGUGAUUUUUCUUUCUGCAAGUUCACAGAGAAUUACAGACUUAUAUGGCCGUUUGGACUUCUGGCUUAACUGAUCCAAUGUGCAGAAAUGUCUUUGGAGACUUGUAUGAUAUCAUCUGUUUCCCUUUCAAACCUCUGCAUGAAAGUCUUUCCUGCUUCUAGUUAGUUAAUCAGUUAUUAUAGCUGACAAACAAGCGUACAGCUUAUAGUAGUUUUGUAUUUCACAGUGGAGAGGUGCACCACGCUGUUCUUUUUUCCGCGCUCCGUGAACAAAUGUGCUUUUUCUCGAGUCCUGUAAAGUAAUAUGGAUGCUGCAUAUGGAGGUAGUAGCAUCUUGAAGGAACCAUGUAGAACUGCAUGAGAGACUUCUCAAAAUCGGAAGGGGAUUGUUGAGAGAGGCAAGACGACUUGCAAAGCAGGAGGAGGAUAACCCUCUUUUGUCUUCAGAUGAAGCUCAGGGUUAUCCUCUUGGUCAUAAGUCUUCUUUCCCUGCUUACAAUAAUCAAUAAUUUGUGUACGCUUUUAACAAAAUAUAUUUGACAACUUUAAUUCACAGUUUUCUUUAGUUAUCUGGUACGAAACGUUGCGCAAGUCGUACAUUGCCGCCGUUCCACAUGUCCUUCCAAGAGCGUACACAGUCCCGCAGGCCAGUUACCUCUUUGUGUUGACUGCUGCUGGAUUUAAGUUACAUUUUGAAUGUUGUACGUGAACUGUAAUUCAGCUUCUUUCCUUUUUAGAAGUUUCUCCGUCGCAUAAAAACCACGCCUGGGCGCUGAUGGGUCUUGUGGUUAUGCAGGAUUGAUGUUUCUUCAUUUCGCAGUGGUGUGCUUGUGAGCUGCGGCGUCUCCACUUUUACUGUGUAAAAAUGGGUUAUCGAUCUCACGGAACGUGAAAGAAUGUUGCAACUUUUUACUACGAAGAAAAUAUACGAGCCUGUGAUACUAGCAGAAAAAACUAUUGGAAUGGAAACACUGUUCAAUAAAUAAGGUAUGGGUUCUGUUUUGCCCAGG